AUGAAAGGACUGCUAUAUCUACUUUUUCAAGGUGUUCUGCUGUAUGAGACUUUGGCAUGGGAAGUGAGAAUGCCAUCAGAAAUUCAUGGCCUCAAAGGUUCCUGUCUGGUUAUACCGUGCUCUUACUCUUACACUUCAAACCCACCAACUAACCCACGUAGAGUUGUGUGGUAUCAGUAUGUGUCGAACGGCUACCCUUUAGUUUAUGAUCCCUUGAAUCCAGGCAAAGUUAUUGACAAGUUCAGAGGAAAAACUGAUAUAUAUAACCCUACAAACUCAGAUCGGGAUUGUAGUCUGCUGAUCAAAAGCGUGGAUCCAUCUCACAAUGGAGAAAAAAUAUAUACAUGGAUUGACCCAGAAAAUGUUGGAAAGAGCACCUAUAAGUUUUAUGACGUCACCUCCACGAUUAUUGUUGACACAAAUCCACAGCAGCCCAUCAUUAAUAUUUACGGAGGAGGAAAGACCGGUGACAGCAUUACAGUAGCGUGUUACACCUUCCACACCUGUCCAUACAGCAAACCAAACAUCAUUCUGAAGGGUAUUGAAGGAUCUGAUAAAAUAGAUAAUGUCGAUAUCAAAAAUGGUCAAUGGAAAACCACUCGGACACGCACCGGUGUUGUGAAGGCUGAACGCUCAGAUAUUGAGUGUACUGUAACACAUCAUGGAGGCAUAACAACAAGAGCUACAAAAUCACAAAGUGCAAAAUGUGUCUAUUAUAAUAUAACCAUUGAGCCUAAACUGGCAGAUAUCACAGAGGGUGUUGCAAAGACCUUCACUUGUACCGUCCACCAUUCCUGCCAGACGAAUCCUCCGAUCCUCUCCUGGAACUAUGAGAAUAUGCCGGUCAAAGAUGGAAAGAAACAACUUACAGGGUUUGAAUUGGCCACCUUUUCCACCAUAACCUUUUUGGGGGCAAAGAAAGACGAUGGGAAGAAAUUAAUCUGCACUGCAAAUAUUUCUGGACAGAACAUCACAGCAUCUGUCGACUUACAUGUACAACGUGUCUAUUCUAGUAUAACCAUUGAGCCUAAACUGGCAGCAGAUAUCACAGAGGGCAUUGAUAUGAACUUCACUUGUACUGUCCAUCAUUCCUGCCAGAAAAAUCCUCCGAUCCUCUCCUGGAACUAUGAGAACAUGUCGGUCAAUUAUGAUACAAAACAACUUACAGGGUUUGAAUUGGUCACCUUUUCCACCAUAACCUUUUUGGGGGCAAAGAAAGAUGAUGGGAAGAAAUUAAUCUGCACUACAAAUAUUUCUGGACAGAAAAUCACAGCAUCUGUCGACUUACAUAAAAAAACGGAUGUGAUGACCUUUGACAUGAAGACAAUUGGGCUUUACAUUCUAGCCCCUUCAUUUGCCUUUCUUCUCAUUUGCAUAUUUGCUGGAGUCAUCAUAUACAAGAAGUGUAACAGGUCUUCACCUGCUAAUCCACAAGAAUCACAGCCUGAACGAAGGGUAAAUGAUCUGUAUGAAGCAGCGGACUGUAUACCAUCACCAAAGAGUCAGAGAAAAUCCCGCUCUAUUGAGAAUUGUGAAGAUUAUAACACCAACAUGGAAGAUCUCAACAUUUAUGCAAACGUCUAA